GUUUGUGUUAAGUAUGAAGUAUUGUGCGCCUUCAGUGUUUGAAAACCACAUACAAAUAUAACUGGAUUAUGAAGUUCAUUGAGUUUCAUCAUCCCCUAUGACAUACCAAAAUAAACGUGAACUCUCUCAUCGACGUCUCAUUCUUCUGCUUGUUAUCACCCUAAAUACUCUGGAUGUUAAACUUAAUCAACAUGAUAAUCAUAAGCUCAAUAAAUUUCAACAGGACUUGAGCUAUUGCGGCAAGUGUUUUGAACAACAAAUUGAAUCUUGUGGUAAUCUUUUUAAAGAUAUUAAAAAUGAUGAAGACAUUGCCAUCUGGUGGCAAUUUUUGAAACUACUACCACAACGCUCCUGCAAAAGAAAUAAUAAUUUUCUGCAAAUUUCUUCGACCGGAGAGAAGAUUGUUGAGAAAUAUUUUGCCAAUUCCCAGGAUCACUUAAAAUGGUCAGUAAAUGUUAAGGAUUUGAAAGAAAAAUUCCUGCAUCAAGAUCGCCUGGAUGGCUUGCAAUUCUAUCCUCCUCACAAAAUUGAGGAUUUCAUAGAUGUGCUACAUGAAUGGCAUAUGAAAUGGCCCAAGGUGACCAUAUGGCUGUAUUUGCUGGUUAAUAUACAACCCAUUUUAAUGCCUCUGCUUUAUGCUAUGAAUUUUCCUGUGCCUCAAACUUAUGGCACUUGUGGCUUCACCCUAUAUCAAGAACAUGCUGGUCUUGCUUUGCAUAAUUUUUAUAUUAAAGAUUUUGAUAUAAAACUAAAAAUUGCCCAAGAAUUGCUAAAGGCCAGCCUAAAAUUCUCCUAUGGAUUUCAAGGAUAUCGUCUUUAUAUCACCGAUUUAACUGCCGAUAAUAUUGUGUAUGAUGUCAAGAAAGCACGUCUCUCCUUUGUAGAUUUGGAUACAGUGUUUGUGGUGGACUCCCUGGAAGUUAAAUAUAAAACAUCCACUCAUAAACAUGAAUACAUUGAGUGUCCUGGUUGCUUUGCCUACUCGCCGGAGGAUAUAAGUGCCCAUAAUAUCAGCGACAUUAACAUUUACUCAGCAUGUCAAUUUCUGAGGGAGGAUCUUUACAGGGAUCAAAGCAAAGGAUUUCUGCAACCCAUUCCCCAAGAAAUAUCAGUAACUUAUCCCCAGCUUGGAAAACUUCUAAAUCUUUGUGUGGACUGUCCUUGGGAGGCUAACUGUUCACAACGUUUUGGUGUAGCCAAGCAAUUAUUGCUAGUCUUUGAAGAUAUUUUAAAUAAAUCUUGACAUUUUAGUAUUUUUAAA